UCAAUAUCAUGGAGAAGAUUAAGAAAUAUGAAGGUCCUGAGGAAAUAGACUGGGCUGGUUCAUCAAUUAAAGAAGAUUCAGAUGAAAACACCCCUUUAAUCGACCAACAGAAUCAAUCUUUACAAGAAUCAGGAACAUUAGUUGCUUUCAGAAUUGAUUUAUGGUCAUGUCAGGGUAUACGACAAUAUGUUCUGAUAGAGGUUGUUGUUUUCUUAUAUUUUUUAUCGAUAGUGACCAGUGUCUCCAUCACACAAUAUUUCCUUUUCGAUAAAAUUGCGGAAAAAUAUUCAGCAGUAAAUAUAAGUGGCAUGCAUCCAUGUGAAGAUAUCCCAAAGAUACGUAACUCUACAGCCAGUCAUAUUGAGAGAAAAAUACAAAAGGAAACAACCCACAUGCUGUUGUAUUUAACUUGUGCUACUGCCUUUCCUGCAAUUCUUCCGACAUUAUUUAUGGGAGGAUUAUCAGAUAGAUAUGGCCGCAAGUUGGUGUUACUUAUAGCUUUAAGUGGAAGUUUAAUACGGGCUGUUGUUUAUGCAGUUGUAAUUCAUUUGAAGCUGAAUAUAAACUAUUUAUUUAUUGGUAACUGUAUUGAAGGAGCAACUGGGAGUUAUGGGACUUGUCUGAUGGCUAUGUUUAGCCUUAUAGCUGAUAUCACCCAACCGGGCAAAAGUCGUGCAAUAAGAAUCACUGCAUUGGAGGCCAUGUUAGCCACAUCAUCUGCGACUGCUCUUUUGAUAGCAGGAUUCUGGAUUCCAAUAGCAGGAUUUUUUGUGCCGAUGUUGUUUUCUACUAUGUUACUUGUUAUGGCAUUCCUAUUUACAUCAUUUUGCAUUCCAGAAACUCUAAAACCUCACAACAGGGUUCCAUUUAACCUAGCUACGUUGAAAAGAUGUGUCCAACUUUAUACAAAGGAUACAGCAAAUCGUCGAAGAUGGAAAUUGUGGAUUUGUAUGAUCUCAUUCUUUGUCAUAAUAUCCGUUGGUCUUUCAAAAAUGUUGUUAAUGACAUUAUUUUUGUUGAAUAAACCUUUUUGUUGGCAGCAGACAAAAAUCAACCUAGUCAGUGCUGUGCAAGUUCUAGUGAAUUGGGUGAUCAUAUUAGGAUUUUUGAAAUGUUUUGGACAUCGAAUAUCUGAAAGAAUGCCAGGAAUACUAGGCUGUAUAUCCAAUACUGGUUCGUUAAUAUUGUGGGGUCUGGCCACGAAAGAUGUUUACAUAUAUGCAUCCAGUGCAGUAGGUAUAUUGGCAGAUGUAACAACACCAGUUUUACGUUCUAUGAUGUCACAUCAAGUAUCAGCUGAUGAACAAGGUAUAUUGUUUGCUAGUGUUGGAGUGAUAGAAUUGACCUGUACAGCUAUAAUGGGAUUAGUGGCUACUAUAGUUUACAAUUUAACUCUAGAUUUCUUUAGUGGUUUUGUUUUCUUAUGUAUGGCCAUUCUUGUUGGAUUUGUUCUAAUCCUGUUAAUAAUAUUGGAUGUAGGAAUGAAAAGACAGUUAGGAUCCUCCGUUAUAAGAACGGUCAAUAUUGAACAACAUCAGGACUAAUAAUAACUUCUCCUUAUAUUUUAUCAUAGAUUUCUAACAUUUUUUUUUUAUUUUGCAUACUCUUUGCUCUUAACAGAAUUGACAUUUUCUUCAAAAGUUUUCAUGAAUAGUUAUGAGGUGGUAUACACAGAUGAGUUAGUGAUUCUUUGUGAAAUUGGACUUUUUUAUUAAAUAUAAUAAUAUACGCAGUUGGCUUCAUGUAUUGAAAGAUUGAGACAAUCAACAUCGUUCAAAAUUUUACUUAGCUGGGCCGUAAGUAUGGCCUGUAAAUAAAUGCAUGUCUGAUUCUGUAAAGAUUAAUACUGUGUUAUCUCCCUUACAAUCACCUGUUUUGUAUGUUUGCUUUUUUUUUUAUCUUCCGACAUACAGUGUGGAUUUAUA